AUGGAAGAACACGAAGAACCGUUUCGACAUACACCACUCGAUCUCAGCACAAACUCAAUACGCCUCAUUGAAUAUGUUUGUUUGUCUUACGUGUGGGGUCCUGAUGAUGAGACUCACACGAUCACCAUCAACGGGCAGCCUUUCCAAGUGCGACGAAACCUUUGGGAUUUCCUGAAAACUGCUUCAACACAUGUUCGACGCCGAGAUUUCAACGCUUUAUGGAUCGACGCCUUGUGCAUUGAUCAAUCGAAUUUACUCGAAAGAAAUCAUCAGGUGAAACAGAUGGGAAGCAUUUAUAGGAACGCACAUCAUGUCAUUGCGUGGCUAGAUGAUGACGCAUUCGUUGCCAGGCACAAUCAGGAAGCCUGGAUUACACACCAUCAAAAGUCUGACGACCACAACUUGGGUGAGUUGCGAAUGUUUUGCGAUAACGAAUACUGGCAAAGAGCCUGGAUUACACAAGAGGUCUUCUUAGCCCGGGAAAUAUUCUUUCUUGCUGGAAUGAAUGUUUUAGAUCUCAAGUCUUUACUGGGCGGCGCCAAGGUCUACAUAAGUGGGCUCACGCGUCGGACUGGUUAUCAGCAUUUCCAGCCCUUUUAUGAUAUCCAAGAACGGAGCGGUACAUUCAGCUUACUCGAAAAUCUGUGGCGGUUUCGUCAAAAAGAGUGCUCGGACUGGCGGGACGCAGUGUAUUCACUGUUAUCCAUAUCUGAAGAUGCUGCCUAUCUUGACGUCAAAUACGACAUCUCUAGAGUUGCUCUUGCCUUGGAAGUAAUGCAGAAUCCUCAAGAAGACUUCUGUCUUUGUCAUGCA